CGACGACAGUGGCAUCAGCGGUGCCGUUCGUCGAGAUGGAAUCCGGCAGCAAAAUCAUCAACACGGUUAGCGUUGCGCGGCGCUCAACGCUAGCCAUGUCCACUCUAGCGCGUUCAUGGAUGCUAAAGUCCGUUUCGCCCAAGCUAUGUCCGCCGACCUUCUCACCUUCCCUUCCACGUUUGCAAUCUCGCAAGGACGCCUUUCCCGCUGUCACGCAAAAACUACUUCAUUUGUCAUGGUCAAUUAUGGCCCCUCAAGAGCAUGUGGGACAUGCAAACGGAGGCGGAAGAAGUGCGAUCUGUCGCGUCCUACCUGCACCAGGUGCAGAAACGCGAACAUCGCAUGUUUAGGCUAUAAAGACGAGACCGAUAUCGUCUUUCGCUAUCAUGCUCCGCCACAGCGCGUCAGUCCGGCGGAAGUGCAUGCUGCUCGCUUUCCCCGGACGGACUUGAGUGAUCUAAAGGAUGACCAACCGGAAGAUCCCGAUAUCAAGGCAUUCCUCGAUGACUUUACCGUACGGUCCACAGACAGAACAAUAUCGCGCGGCUUCCUCGAUGGCCUCGAUGGGCUCAUUGCAGCCGCCGGCCCAUCAUCCGAUCUAGCUCUCGCCAUGCGCAUCAUAUCCCUUGCUCGGACGAAGCAAACGCUGUCCGCCGCCCACACCCUCUACAACGGCCUCCUACAAUCUCUGCGCGCGCAACUGACAGCAUCUUCUCACCUAUCAAUCCGCUCAUUAAUUCUCAUUGUGCUCCUGGGCAUCUACGAACUAAUAGUCUGCUCUGACACUGACUCCGGCUACUGCAGCGUCCACGUCAAAGGCAUAACCGCCAUCCUCUCUUCCGCCAACCCACCCUUGAAUCUCCGCGCCGCAACUGAACUCUUCCAAAUGAGCGACCCUCUCAUCCUGCGGAAGCCCCUCGAGCCUUCAGAGAGUCCCGGCGUCCUGUGCGCGCCGGUGUCGAAUCACUCCGUGGUAUCGCUCGACAGGAUACUUAUUAAAGUGCACCCUUUGUGGUCGCGCUCUCUUGCUCUGUUUGCCGAUCCGUCAGCAUCAGUAUCGAGCCUACGAGAAUUGGAAAUUGAGGCAGAAGAGUUGGACCUUUAUUUCACGUCGUGGUCAGAGAGUCAGCCGAAUACGUGGCUUCCUUCCCGUAUUGGCUUCUUCGAGUCUAUACAGGCGGCAAAGAGCGCAGUUCCGGUUUGCCCUGGUCCGGUGGACGCGUACUUUGACUUGUACGUCGCUGCUGUUUGGAACACAUAUCGCAAAACACAUCUCAUGAUUCUCGACAUCGUCGUUACAUGCGAGCAGCGCCUAGGUGAACGCCUUCCUGCUCAGGAACAGCGAACUGCCGGAUACGCUUCCCAAGCCGAAGCUCUCGCGGAGGGGAUUGCGGCCUCUAUUCCCUUCCACUUGACGUCCAAUCUCGCGGGUCACAUGCAUGCAUCGCCCAUGGAGAUCGGGAGACCGAUCGGAGGGCUGCUGUUGCUGCAUCCACUCAACGUGCUGGUGAAUUCGACGAGUAUUUCGCAGGAGAUGAGGGACUACGCGGGUCGGUGUUUGAAAUGGAUCGGGGAGAAUAUGGGGAUUGGGCAGGCGAGUGUGUUGGCGAAGGUUAGGCAGUCCUUUUAAGGGUACUUGGCAGAGACAACCACGUAUGCUUGCUAAUCUGUGAUAGCCGGAAAACAAUUUACCCUUCCAAUUCGUGGGCGAAGGACACAUCCUCCUUUGGGCUGGUAUGUUGACUAGUCCUGCUUAGCUGUAGAGGAAAUGGA